GUGCGGUAGGUUCCUCACCACAGCUGACGCAAGGUGGUGGAGGAGAGGCAGGAAGGAAUGUUUUUACCCUCACACACACACUAUCCCUCUCACUCAUUACCGGUGUAGCUCCAGUCCAGUGAACACCUAGUACAUGGGUGCUCUCUCACUAUAAAGCCAUUUGCCUAAGGAACGUUUGUCGACAACUAUCACCUGAAGAAAUAUUUGAUAGUAACAAGUAUAGAAUAAUUUAUUGUAUCAUUCACGGGAAGAAUAUUUAUUAUACCGGUGACAUAAAGAAACAAGAAGCAAUUAAUAUUAUUUUAAAGUAUUUAUUAUCAUCAGUUGAUUUUUAUUAUUAUUUACUCAAGUUCGUCUUUGUGUUGUCAGUGAGAGUAAAAAAAAAUACGAAAUCAAAAUGUGGUGGAGGACUUGUGUUUGUGUGGUGUUGGUGGUGGUUGUACACACCUCAAGAGCACAGUGGUUUGGUGGACAACAGAAAGCUUCAAAAGGAGACACAGCUGCUGGCGAGAGAUGCUUCUGUCAGCUGAAAGGUGCUAUAGACGAUUGCUCCUGUUCUGUCGAGACAAUUGACAGUUUCAACAACCUCAGAAUUUAUCCCCGGCUCAACAGCCUCCUACAGAAGAACUUCUUCAGGUACUGGAAGGUCAACUUGAACAAGAAGUGUCCAUUCUGGGAGGAUGACAGCAGAUGCGCAAUUCGCUACUGCAGUGUAAAGCCGUGCACUGAUCAAGAGGACUCGGUAAAUCCAACCAGGAACAAAGACAAUCCUCAAAGCUUGGCAAGUAAAAGGACAAGUAUGAAUUUAAGUAUUAGUGAAGGUGUGGAUCCAGAAAAGAUCCCAGAAGGCAUCAAAGGAACCGUCAGUCCCAAUGGAAACGAUGGCUCACACAUGUUGAAGAAGAAGACCUCCCACACCAGUACACCAGACUGUGAUGCCGAGAAGGCCCUGGGUUACCUCAACAUGACUCUCAGCAAGGAGUCAAUUGAUGAGUUUGAGCGCUGGGCGGCCCACGACAGCGCUCAGGACAGCUUCUGUGAUCUAGAAGACGAAUCUUCUGUAGACAGCGAAUAUGUUGACCUCCUCCUGAACCCUGAGAGAUACACAGGUUAUGUUGGACCCUCAACUCACCGUAUCUGGAGAAGCAUCUAUCAGGAAAAUUGUUUUAAACCUACGGGGCGUGUUCAGUCAUACAUGGACUUCAGUAAUAUUGGAGCUGAUGAUUUUCUGAAAGAACUGUGUCUGGAGAAAAGGGCAUUUUACCGAGCUGUGUCUGGCCUCCACAGCAGCAUCAACAUUCAUCUUGCAGCUCGUUAUCUACUGUCGGAUAAGAAUGGUUUCGCAGAGGCCAAUGAUGGAGUUUGGGGUCACAACGUUGAGGAAUUCCAGCGCAGGUUUGACCCGGAGUUGACUGGGGGAGAAGGACCGCUUCGUCUCAAAAAUUUGUAUUUUCUCUACUUGUUAGAACUCCGAGCCUUGGCCAAAGCUGCACCAUAUUUGGAGAGUCUGGAGUUUUACACAGGGAAUGAUGUUGAAGACAGUGAAGUGCGGAAAGCGGUUAGAGAUCUGGUGACUAUAGUGAAGAGCUUCCAGGAACACUUUGAUGAAGGCACGAUGUUCACAGGAGGAUUCCAGGCCACCAAGCUGAAGACAGAAUUCCGGGAUCACUUCCGCAACAUCACUCGCAUUAUGGACUGUGUGGGCUGUGAUAAGUGUCGGCUGUGGGGAAAACUGCAGAUUACUGGCUUGGGGACGGCCCUGAAGAUCUUGUUCUCUGGUAACUUUGACCAGCCCCUGGAUCAGCAGCUGGACUUAUCUACGGUGAGGCAGACCAGGUUCCAGCUGUCACGUGGAGAAAUUGUUUCCCUCUUCAAUGCAUUUGGAAGGUUGUCAAGCAGCAUCAUGGAACUAGAAAACUUUCGCCACAAGAGCUUAAGAUGAUGAGUCAGUUUGGGGUGAAUAUUUCUGUGAUAUAUAUAUAUAUAUAUAUAUAUAUAUAUAUAUAUAUAUAUAUAUAUAUAUAUAUAUAUAUAUAUAUAUAUAUAUAUAUAUAUAUAUAUAUAUAUAUAUAUAUAUAUAUAUAUAUAUUAGUUUAAUUUCUUAUCUUGUUACGAUGAUGGUAAAUGUGGGAAGUGAUUAAAUAUAUCGAGCUGUUAUAUAGUUAUCAAAAUUCAGUUAUCCUACAUUGUUGUUGUCCUCUUGAAUUAGAAAGAAAGCGGUGAAAUUCAGAGAUAUGAAGCAAAUUUUUGUAAAAUGUUAAAAUAGUACUUUUUUUUAGUUUAAGUUAAUAUUUUCUUCAGUGAUCUGGUUUAGUUGUUAGUACUGUACAAUGUUUGCCACAAAAUGUCAAAUAAAUUUCUCUGAUCAAGUGUAGGUUUAUGUGGUUUUGUUCAGGCCUCUGGAAAAGGCUUCAAACAUCAGCAACAUGAACACGAAUACAGGUGUAAACUUACAUAGACAAAUCAAAUGACCGCCUUUUAUUGUAUUGUCCAUCUUACCAGGAAGGAGAUGUAUUUGGAUUUAAUAAAUAUUCACACAUUU